AUGACUGCCAAGUUCCUGGCAGCCUUCAUGCGUGGGACAAUCCGGCAGAGCGACUCCACAAUUUCCAAAGUUUUCAAAACUUUUGGCGGCGGCGAAGACGAGCCGAAGGGCAGCGGCGGCCUGAGGGUGGGGUGUGUUGGGGAAGUCCGGGUCGCAGGGCUGGAUGAGUCGGGGGUACCCGAGGGGCGACACUGGAAUCCCGUGGGCAGCGCGAGGGCAGAGAGGGACCGGUCUGCGUGGCUCUUGGUGGAGAAAAGCAGAGAGGCCACCCAUGGUAUCCCUGUAGCGCUGAGGACGCUCAGGAGCCCGGGGACCCCGCCGCCUCGCGCCACAACUAACAGCACCUAUCUGAAUAAGUUGCUCCAGCCAACGGAGAGGUGCACAAACCUGCAAGAUGGCUUCCAGACGCUCUCUAACAAGACGAAAAGGUAUUCAGAGGAUGACUAUCUUCAGAUUAUCACAAAUAUACAGAGCUGUCCAUGGAAACGACAAGUAGAAGAAUAUAAGGAUUUUAGGGCAAAACUUGCUUCCUGUUGUGAUGCUGUGCAAAACUUCAUUGUUUCUCAAAAUAACACUCCAGUCGGGACUAACAUGAGUUACGAGGUGGAAAGAAAAAAUGCAAUCCUAAUUAGAAAGAGCAUUUUUAAUAUGUUUCCAGUGUCGCAGCCUUUUGUGGAGCGCCCUUACAAUCAGUGUGCAGUGGUUGGAAACGGCGGGAUUCUGAAUAAGUCUCUCUGCGGAGCUGAAAUAGAUAAAUCUGACUUCGUUUUUAGGUGUAACCUUCCCCCAACAACAGGAAAUGUUAGUAAAGAUGUUGGCAGUAAAACUAACCUUGUGACCAUAAACCCCAGUAUCAUAAGACUAAAAUAUGGGAACCUAAACGAAAAGAAAGCAGUAUUUCUAGAGGACAUCGAAGCCUAUGGAGAUGCAUUUCUUCUGCUGCCAGCGUUUUCCUUCAGGGCCAACACCUUUGCCUCUUUUAAAGUGUACAGCACGCUGGAAGAGUCUAAGGCAAGACAAAAGGUUAUAUAUUUCCAUCCCAAGUACCUGAGGAAUCUUGCCCUCUUCUGGAGAACUAAAGGCGUGACAGAGUACCGCCUGUCCUCUGGCUUGAUGAUCGCGAGUGUGGCCAUUGAGCUGUGUGAGAACGUGAAACUGUAUGGAUUUUGGCCCUUCUCUAAAACUGUGCAGGACACACCUGUCAGCCAUCACUACUAUGACAACAGUUUGCCUAAACGUGGUUUCCAUGAGAUGCCCAAGGAAUACAGCCAAAUUCUCCAACUUCACAUGAAAGGAAUCCUCAAAUUACAAUUUAGUAAAUGUGAAAUAGCCUAACCAAAGUGACUUAAAGUGGGAAUCGUUGUAAUGUAAUGCUAUAGGUGAGUAACAAUGUUUCUGAACACAAAAACUGGUGGUUGUAGGGAAUAAUAGGAGGAGCCCCAUACUUAGUUUGAUCAAAGCUCCCCACAAAGUGUGCAACCUCAGCAACUCAUUCAGUUCUGAUCUUCAAUUUCCCUGACUGUACAAUGGGGACCAGGAUAUUUAACUCAUAUUAGGAAAAUAUGAAAAUCUUUGAAAACUCUUGGCAAACUAUUUGCCUGAGGUAAGUACCCCAAGUCUGUUUCCUUUUGAUAGUUAUAACAUUU